UAUAUUAAAAGAUAAAUUUUUUUUAUUUCUAGAAAAUAAUUUAACACAAAAUAAAUUAUAACAUUAUAUUCUAAAAUUAUUUCACACUUGAAAAAUAUUACCGGGAAUCGAGCAUUUGAGACUCUGUAUUAUAGGAAACCCUAGGCGUUUGGCUACACGGACUAAUGCUAAAGCUGUGGGUCCCACCAAAACCACAAGAGGCCAUUUAUGUGGAAUAAAUACUUAGAAAACUACAUUACUUUUUCAUACUUUAUUCCAUGUUUGUGUUGGUUUUAUAGGAAGUAUAUUAGUUUUCAAGUUGCUCAUAGUUGAGCAACAAUGGCGGAUACCAAAGAACCAUUGUUGUUAUCAAAAGAUGUUUCAGAAAACGAGAUCGAUAACAAGAACAAGAACAAGUACGAAUGCGAUGAAAAAUGCUCAGGAUGCCAAAUUGAGAGGCGAAAAGCAGAAGACCCAAAUAUUCCUUGGUCUAAUUUUGUGUUUAUAUGGGUUAUUACUCUUACUUCUGCUUUGCCGAUAACAUUCAUCUUUCCUUUCCUUUACUUCAUGGUGAGGGACUUUGGUAUAGCCACACAGGAAGAAGAUGUGAGUUUCUAUGCUGGUUUUGAAGGAUCCGCGUUCAUGGUUGGAAGAGUGUUUACGUCUGUUAUAUGGGGAAUGUUGGCUGAUCGUUAUGGCCGGAGGCCUGUCAUGAUCUUCAGCACAUCUGCCAUAGUGCUCUUCAACAUAAUGUUUGGCUUGAGUGCAAAUUAUUGGAUGGCACUUACUUCAAGAAUGCUGCUCGGGGCUUUUUGCGGUGCAAUCGGUCCGAUGAGGGCAUAUGCUACCGAAGUAACUCGCAGAGAGCAUCAGGCUUUAGCACUGUCAAUGAUGACUUCUGCAUGGGGCAUUGGUUUGGUAAUUGGCCCAGCGCUUGGUGGUUAUCUUGCACAGCCUGCAGAUAAGUUCCCGGGCUUGUUUUCUCAGCAAUCAAUUUUUGGGAAGUUUCCAUAUUUACUAGCUUCUUUGAUAAUAGCAAUCGCUGCAUUGUGUGUAAUUCCUAUCUGCUUUUAUCUCCCGGAAACAUUACAUACAUGUGAACAGCAUGCUCAUGGAAUAAUCCAUGAUCAGGCUCAUGAUAUAGAGGAUGCUGAGAAAUCAAAAAAUACAAGCAGAAGUUCAAGCUCCUGGUUCAGCCUUCUCCGAAAUUGGCCUUUAAUGUCAAGUAUCAUUGUAUAUUGUGUCUUCCAGCUUCAUGAUAUGGCCUAUACGGAGAUAUUCUCGUUAUGGACUGUAAGUCCGAGGGACAUUGGAGGAUUAAGUUUUUCAACUGAAGAUGCUGGUCAAGCUCUUGUGGUGGCAGGAAUUGGUUUGUUAAUAUGUCAACUACUCAUCUACCCAACAUUCGAGAGACAUUUUGGCCCAGUCCUAGUUGCACGUGUAGGAGCGGUUCUUAGUAUCGCAUUGCUGUCAAGUUAUCCCUUCUUAACUUAUUUAAAAGGCUCGAUUCUCCUAAUUGUGACCGAUCUAGCUUCUGCACUGAAAAAUGUUCUUUCGAUUUCCAUCGCUACUGGAUUGUUUCUCUUGCAAAAUAGAGCCGUGCACCAACAUCAAAGAGGAGCUUCGAAUGGAAUUUCGUUGAGCCUCAUAUCUUUCUUCAAAGCAUUGGGUCCUGCUGCAGCUGGAGCGCUUCUCUCUUGGUCACAAACACGCAAGAACGCAACUUUCCUACCAGGAAGUCAUAUCGUGUUCUUCGUACUUAACGUGAUCGAAUUUGUUGGGUUGCUGAUGACUUUCAAGCCUUUCCUGGCGAAACCUGCUCAAGAAUUUUGCUAGUUUUUUGCAACUAAAACCUUGGUUGCAACCAUCCACAUUUUUUAUUUUUUGCAUGAAUUUAUGAUUAAUUUUUGAACUCUAAUGACCCUUUUCUUUUAGGAAUUAGGAGUCUCAUUUACGUGUUUUUUAGAACUAUAAUUAGUCAUGUAUUUUUUUUAAUUUGUUGUUAACCUGUUAUAUUACCUCCGUUUUAAAUUA